AUGGAACCCCUUACAUGCAGUCAUCUGCAACGGCCAGAUUAUUUCAACUUCGCCACUGAUGUUGUUGAUACCUGGGCUGCCAAAUCACCCUCCUUGCAAGCCAUGCUAUGGGUGUCUCACGACAAAGCCACCCAAAAGACGCUGACUUAUCAACACUUCUCUCGGCAGUCACACCGCAUUGCUCUCUUACUCGGCCAGCUGGGUGUAUGUCCGGGGGAUGUUAUGAUGAUUGUCCUUCCACGAGUUCCGGCAUGGUGGGAGGUUGCUACAGCCGGUCUCCGCAGUGGCAUAAUAAUUGCGCCCGCUACGACAUUAUUGACCGCGAGGGACAUCGAGUACCGCUGUCAAAAAAGCAACGCAACAGUUUUUGUCGGUGAUACCACGAGUGUCCGCAAGGUCCUGCAGGUCCGCCACAGUUGCCCCUCCCUCCGGGUCAUCAUCCAGGCAGAGGGCGAGCCGGAAGCAGGGGUAACGGGCCUGUACAUGGCCCUGAAGCGGAUCGAGACAACCGCAAGAUAUUGCUCGAUCAGGCAGCCGUGGAAUUCUCCGGCAAUCCUAUACUUUACAUCAGGCACUUCUGGUCUACCCAAAAUGGUGCGCCAUAAUCAGGUUUCUUAUCCAUUAGCGCACCUUCUUACUGGCGAACAUUGGCUCAAAUUAUCCGCUGGGAAGAUCUGCUGGAAUUGCACAGAGCAAGGAUGGGGGAAGGCAGCAUAUACUUACUUUGGAGCGUGGAACUGUGGCGCUACUUUGUUCGUCUGGGACGACCGAGGACCGUUCAACGCAACCUCCAUCCUCGAGCUCUUGCACCAUUUUCCAAUCACGACUCUAUGUGCCCCUCCGUUAGCAUGGCGGCAGCUCGUCUCUCACCAGUGCCAAACACUUUACAGCAAGAAGGCACCGUGCGCUCUCACGCAAUGCAACUCAGCCGGGGAGGCCCUGGAUAGCACAGUAAUUAACCAGUGGCGAAACCUCAGCGGAUUAACGAUUUGCGAAGGCUACGGCCAAACUGAGACAACUUUGAUGUGUGGAAACUAUGGUGGCUUUCAAAUUCGCCCUGGAUCGAUGGGCAAGCCGAUUCCAGGAGUGCCCCUGCAUGUCAUCAACCUUGCCGGUGGAGAAACUGAAGCCGACGAAGAGGGCGAGCUGGCACUCCUCCUUACUGAUGGAGAUUCUUCCUCAAGUUUCUUUGGAAUCUUCGAUGGAUAUGUUGGUGAUAACGGCGAAGUCACACGCAACGAGAGAAUUAACAUCGUCCACGGGAGGGUCAGAAGGUGGUACUUAACUGGUGACAGGGCCAAGAGAGACAAGGACGGAUAUUUAUGGUUUGUGGGUCGCGCGGACGACGUUAUUAACUCCUCUGGCUAUCGAAUUGGUCCGUUUGAAGUUGAGUCCACUUUAAAACAACAUCCCGCUGUCGCGGAAUGUGCUGUGAUAUCCUCCCCUGACGUGAUACGCGGAGAGGUUGUCAAGGCCGUAAUAGUUCUGACCUCUCAAUACGCGAAUGCCCCCCGAGUUCGGCUCACGAAGGAACUGCAGGCUUUUUGUAAAGCGAACUCCGCGCCGUACAAAUACCCGCGGAAAGUGGAGUUUGUCAAUCAGGAAUUCUUGCCGAGAACAAGCAGUGGGAAGGUUCGGAGGGCAGAUCUGAGAAAGCGGGAAUGGAAGAAUUCAAAACUAUGA